AUUUAUAUUUUAUAUUGAAUGAAACUAAACUUUACUGUUGUGGUUGGUUAAAUAGUAAGAAAAAUAAAAUGGAUUAUCAAUACGAGCAAACCAGUGAGAUAGAAGCCUUAGAUUCUAUAUAUUAUGGUGAUAUGCAAACAUUGCAGAAUAAGCCUUAUCACAAGUUUAGUAUUCCUAUUAAAUCAGAAGGAUUUGAUGAUGGUGAUGGGUUGGCAUGCCACUUAGUUUUUACUUACACACCUAAAUAUCCAGAAGAGCUCCCUAUUAUUGAAGUUACAAAUGAAGAAAAUUUUGAAGAUGUAGUUGACAAAAAUGAAAUACUAAAGCAUUUGAUGGAACAGGGUAAAGAAAACCUUGGAAUGGUAAUGGUGUUCACAUUAGUAUCUGCAGGACAGGAAUGGCUAAAUGAAAAGUGGGACUUUAUUAAAAAGCAGAGGGAAGAACAGAUUCUUGCUAAAAAGAGGGCUGAUGAAGCGGCUGAAUUGAAAAGAUUUGAGGGUACGAGAGUAACAGUUGAAUCAUUCUUAGCUUGGAGAAAACAGUUUGAGAUAGACAUGGGUAUACCAGCAAAAAGGGAAAAAGAAUCAAAAGACAAGACAAAGCUCACGGGGAGAGAACUCUUCCUUAGAGAUACAACCCUCAAUGAAUCUGAUUUGAAAUUCCUUGAUGAUGGUGAUGCAGUAAAAGUUGAUGAAUCAUUGUUCCAAGACCUAGAAGACCUAGAUAUAUCAGAUGAAGAUGAUGAUGAUUACAUUCCUGGUCAAAGUGACAGUGAAAGCGAUUAGCAUAUAGUUUUUAUUCAGUUGUAAAUAAGUUCUCUAAGAAUUGUAAGUAUGCAUUUUAACGCCUGUAUGUCUUAUGUAAAAUUAAUAACAUCAUCAGUUAGACAAUCACAAUAAAUUUUUUUAAUAGAAAUUAUUGAUUAUGCAGGUCAACUCUUCAAUUCUCUAAGCCUUUAUUGCAUCAUUGAAGGUAGUUUUUAUAAAAAUAAAAUUGUUAAGAAAUAAAAUUGUGUUAAUUA